AUAGCGGAGAUUGUGGGUAGUGUAGUUUUCUCCUUCAUUGCACACAUCACUUGGCUUAAAGAUCCCGUGUUUUGUUGGGGCAGGUAAUAGUGGGGGCCAUUUAGCAGAGCCCGUGGCAUUUCUCUUACUAACAGCCCUGUGGUUACAUAGUAAUACUUCCGAGGGAAGCUUCUUAUGUGGCUACAUGGAGCACUGCAGAUAGCACUAGAGGGAGCUGCUCCUCCGCUCUGCGCGCCUAAUCCUGUUUUGUAUAUGGGGAAUUCUGGGUAGUGUAGUUCUGUCCUUCGUUACAGAUUAGCUUCUCUGUGUCUCUGCCAACUACAACUCCCAGAUGUCCUUGCUGUAUUAGCUUAGCCGUCCCAUCUGUCAGGAAAAAAAAGGAGCAAGCUGGAAAAGCAGGCACAACUGCUCUGCCUUUAAACACAAGGGAUGCAUAUCUGCCAGGGGUCUGUUACGCAUAAGGAAAUAAGGGCUAGAUAAUCCUGGCUGCUUUAUUGUUGACAUCAAACCUCCAGGCUCUCUACUCCAUCAGGAAUUCUCUUCAAUGCCUGCAGCAGUUCAGUAACUAAGGUGAAAUGGACAGCGACACCUCAGAAGCAAUGCAAGUGGGAAUGCGCGUGGUGAGAGGAGUAGACUGGAAAUGGUCUAACCAGGACAAUGGUGAAGGCAGCAUGGGCACAGUGGUAGAGAUCGGACGUCAAGGAAGCCCUACCACUCCCGAUAAAACAGUAGUUGUUCAAUGGGAUCAUGGCACCAGAACUAAUUAUCGAACUGGUUUCCAGGGAGCGUAUGACCUUCUGCUGUAUGAUAAUGCUCAGACAGGUGUCCGCCAUCCCAACAUCAUCUGCGACUGCUGCAAGAAGCAUGGAAUCCGCGGCAUGCGAUGGAAGUGCAAGGUCUGUUUUGACUAUGAUUUGUGCACACAGUGCUACAUGAACAACAAGCACGAUUUGUCCCAUAUCUUCGAGAGAUACGAGACUGCCCAUUCCCGACCAGUCAUACUGAGCACACGACAGGGUUUACCACGGAUUGUGCUAAAAGGAAUCUUCCAAGGUGCAAAAGUGGUGCGUGGUCCUGACUGGGAAUGGGGAAACCAAGAUGGUGGCGAAGGUAAAGUUGGCAGAGUCGUUGAUAUACGAGGAUGGGAUGUAGAGACUGGCCGCAGUGUGGCGAGUGUAACAUGGGCUGAUGGUACCACUAAUGUGUACAGAGUUGGCCACAAAGGAAAGGUGGAUCUUAAGUGCAUUACUGAUGCUCCAGGAGGACAUUUUUACAAGGAUCAUUUGCCCAAGCUUGGUAAACCUGCUGAGCUGCAAAGAAAGGAGAGUUCAGAAAGGCACCCGUUUCAGCAUGGAGACAAAGUGAAAUGUCUUUUAGAUGUUGAGAUCUUACGAGAGAUGCAAGAAGGACAUGGGGGAUGGAACCCUAAAAUGGCAGAGUUUAUAGGUCAGACUGGAACAGUACACAGGAUUACAGAGCGAGGUGAUGUCAGAGUUCAGUACAACAGUGAGACACGAUGGACCUUUCAUCCCGGGGCUCUAACAAAGCAAAACAGUUUUUGGGUUGGUGAUGUUGUGCGUGUGAUGGAUAACAUGGAUGCAGUCAAGAAGCUUCAAGUUGGUCAUGGGGAGUGGACAGAUGAUAUGGUUUCUGCUCUGGGACAAAUUGGCAAGGUGAUCAAAGUUUUUGGGGAUGGAGACAUGCGAGUUUCUGUUGGAGGCCAAUCCUGGACCUUCAACCCUGCGUGCCUCACAUCAUAUCAGCGAGAUGAGGAUGCCAACCUCAUGACCACUGAAAAUGUCAAGGAGUCUAAAAAUACUCUGGUUUCCAUAUUAGAAAAGCUGCUUUCUCAGAAGACUGAUUGUGAAAGUCCCACGUCCUUGGUUAUUGAAGCAGCCCAGGGCAAUACAGCCAAAGUCAGGGAGAUGCUUCAGAAAUACCCUGACAAGGUGGAUAUUAAGAAUCAGGGCAGGACGGCUUUGCAGGUUGCCUCCCAUUUAGGCUAUAUGGAGGUGGUGAAGGUUUUGCUUCAAGCCAAUGCAAACAUUGACCUCAAGGAUGAUGAGGGAGACACUGCUUUGCAUUAUGCUGCUUAUGGAAAUCAGGCUGGAGUUGUAAGAGUUUUGCUAGCUAAAGGAACCAACGCAGAACUUCUGAACAAUGCCAAGUGUACAGCACUCUACAUUGCAGUUAACAAAGGGUUCACAGAGGUAGUUCAAGUCCUGUGCAACCCAAAUGGUGCCAUCAACAUGCAGGACUCAUUUGGGGACACCCCUCUGCAUUAUGCAAUCACAGCAGACUUUAGAAGCAUCAUUGAGAUCCUCACUGAAGUACCCAAUAUAGAUUUCACUGUGCAGAACAAUCAAGGGUUUAAUCUACUGCAUCACUCGACUCUUAAGGGAAAUGUCCUGGCUGUAAGAAAGAUUCUGGAAAGAGCACGACAGCUUGUAGACUCUAAAAAAGAAGAUGGGUUCACUGCCCUACAUCUUGCAACACUCAACAACCACCAGGAAGUAGUAGAGAUAUUGAUCAAAGAGGGCCGCUGUGAUGUCAAUCUCAGGAAUAACAGAAACCAGACCCCUCUGCAUUUGGCCGUCGCCCAGGGCCACAUUAGCUUGGUGCAUCUCUUGGUGACUGAGGGUGCAAACGUAAAUGCGGAGGAUGAGGAUGGCGAUACACCAAUGCACAUAGUAUUUGUUCGGCAACAUCUCAAAUCCCUUGAGUCUCAGCAAGAAGGCAGUGGGUCGUCGUUGCUCACUAAGUUGGAGGCCUCUGGGUUGCCGGGAAAUAUAGAGUUGAAUGUUGGAUCAGCUAUGGCUUGCUUUUUAGCUCUGUCUGGAGCUGACAUCAACUAUGCUAAUCACCGUGGGAAGUCCCCCCUUGACCUGAUCACAGAUGGAAGGAUAACACACCUUGUGAAAAACUUUGCGCAGAAAUUCAGAGAACAAGUGGAGUCAGACUCACCAGCCAUCAGCUGCAGCCUCCGCAGAGUGCACACUACACCCAAUACCAUGACCAACCUUAGCCCCUCUAGUGCCACCAGUCCUGGAGAGUGUUUAGUAUGCUCUGAGCUGGCAGUACUAAUCAGUUUCUUCCCUUGCCAGCAUAGCAUAGUAUGUGAAGAAUGUUCCAGACGAAUGAAGAAAUGCAUCAAAUGUCAAGUGUCUAUAUCAAAAAAGCUAAGGCAAGACAGCACUGAAGUUGAAUGCAGCCCCAGCUUAGAAUUAUCAGACCAAAAGAAAAUAAUGGAGGAGCUCCAGAAUCGAUACCGCCAAAUGGAGGAAAGGAUCACAUGUCCUAUUUGUAUCGAUAAUCACAUCAAGCUGGUGUUCCAGUGUGGACAUGGGUCUUGUACUGAAUGCAGCGCUUCCAUCACUGCCUGUCCCAUAUGCAGGCAGGUUAUCAAAGAGAGGAUACAGAUAUUUGUCUAAGUAGGAAAGUAAGUGCCGAGACAUAACUUUGGAUUCAGUAGACACAAGCAACAUGUCUAUGCCAAGCAUGGCUGUGUAUACCCUUUUCUUCAUGGCAAGACUUUCCGAAUGGGAAUAAAAGGGAUGCUUAUGAAAAAUGUGGCUGCUGUUUUUGUCUGAUACUGUACAAACAAAGUUGUAUUAUCUGCAGUGGAAGGGCUAAUCAAUACUAAUGCAGUCUUCCUGAAGGAGUUGAAUUUCAAGAGGGCCAAUUAAGCUCCAUUAAUCAUCUUGUUACUAAAAUGAGGAUUUCAUCUCUGCCCAAUCCCAACCUAACAUUUCAUUUGCUGAUUCUUCUCUUAUUUGUGUUUCUGCAAUACAACCUGAUCCACUGCCUUCCAAAUGUCCCUUUCAUACAGGUUCAUCAGGUCACAUGAAAUAGAGCAAUACAUAGAGUACGUCACAUUGAACUUACAGGACUGCCGUGUUUUAUAGUUUAACUAAUGACACGGUAGCGCAAGAGCAAGAAGAUUUAUUCAUAUUCGGUUUAAGAUCUUGGGUUGACCUAUAAAACUUGCCGUGGUUCUUGUUUAAAGGGGCACUAAUGCAUUUUGUUAAAGUGUUCAUAAAUUCACUGAAAUGUAUAGCUAUUUAUAUCUAUAUACCUAAAUUAUUCAUAUAUUAUAGAACGUGUAUACUCUUACUAUUCAUUUUUUGAAAAAAUUUUUGUUUUAGAGAAGGCAAAAUAUAGGAAAUGAUCAGUGACAUUUUACAGAUGUUUGUGGGGGGCCAUUCCCCUCCAUUUUCUUCUGUCCUCUCUGGCCAAUCGCUUCAGAGAGUGUUUCAAAGUGACCAAUUGUGAGCAAGAUGAGAAAUGUGCUAUUCUGCUCUACUUCAUCCAGUUGACAGAGAAGGGAAAGAGGAAACAUGGUUAGAAGUAUUUUCAUGGCAACUGAUUUUUCCAGUUUUACAAUUUAAAAAAAUCACUCGGAAACUAUAGUGUUGUAGAGAUUACUUAUAACAUAUUUAUUUGAAUGCAUUAGUGCCCCUUUAAGAAGCAAGAUUGUGGGAAUGACAGCUCUUUCUUACCAAGGUCUCCACCCAGGGACGCCCAUUUAUCAAAAGUCGAAUUUCGAAUUCAUGUGAUUUUUUUUAAUUCGAAUAUACUGACAAUUCAACUGGGAGGUUAUUUAAGAAAAAAUUUGAAUGUCUAAUAUUUGAUUUCAUGGUUGCGACCCGAAAAUUCUAAUCGUAUUCGAUUUGUAUUUAAUUCGUACGAACUGAGUUUUUCUCCGGGAAAAAAAACUCGAAUGGCAGGAAGGCUAUUAACAUCUCCAAAUGGCUCAACGGACCUCUGCCAUUGCUUGUAAAUGAACUCGACAGGUUUUAGGUGGCGAAUAUUCAAAUCAGGACUGUUCAUGAUUGAGGUGGGAUAAAUCUCGCAUUCGAAUUUAUAUUCAAAUAAGGGAAUUCAAGUUUGGAUGUGUGAAUUUUGACACUUGAAAAUUAGAAAUCGAAUUUGAUAUUGGACCCUUGAUAAAUCUGCCCAUUAGUGUUGGUGCGGGUAUGUAGAGAGAAUGUAGCACUUCUGCAGUCCCAACAGCAUCUUGUGUAGCACCUCGGGCCGCAGCUGGUUUACAGAGAUGCGCCAUCUUGAACUGGUGGUGGAUAGAGUUGCCUAGCAAAUCCAUCUUUGCUUAUUUUACUCUGUGUAUAAAGUGUGAAAUGUGUAUAGUGCCGAAAUAAAAGCAGUCUGAUUAAUAUUA